AUGGAGCAACAGACGCUUAAACGCCUUACCCAAGCACGUGGUCGGCUAAAGGCUACCAUAACUCGCUUGGUCAAUUACAUUGAGAAUCCACCUCCACAGAGCACUUACUCCGGAGUCGAUGCCAUGCUGGCACGGCUAAAUCAAGCCUUCAGAAGCCUUGAGGAGAUCACUGACGAAAUGCACCUGUACGAUAACGUUGAAGGUUUCGAGGAUCCUAACGAAGAUUUCCAAUCGUAUGAGGAGAAGUACCUGCGCGCGCUUACCUUAUUCGCGUCGUUAAAGAGCGAACUUCAGCCAAGCGCCAUACCCCAAGCGGAUCACAACAUGGCCACACUGCUGCAACAGCAAAGUGAGUUCUUGCAGCGACUUGCUGAGAACGGAGCAUCUACCUUGGCCACGCCGCCGCCUGCUGCAGUUUGUUUAAAUGAAAACCCGUUGCCGAAAAUCCACAUCAAACCCUUUGGUGGAGACUACAAGGAAUGGCCAGCCUUCAAGGACAUUUACGAGAGCACCGUCCACAACAAGACCCACCUGGGAAAGAUUCAGAAGUUUCACUACCUUAAGUCUUUCAUAGUUGGUGAAGCGGCCAAUCUUCUCAGUCACAUGUCCAUUACGGAAUCAGCUUAUGAUUCAGCAUGGGAACGCCUCAAUGAUCGCUAUGAUCGCCCAAGACAUAUCGUGAACUCCUUACUGGACACUUUCAUGGCACUGGCUGCUGCCCCCAACGGCGAGGUGUCUAAUCUACGCAAACUUACUGAUGGCGCCAAUGAAAUCAUUCGCGGGCUAGAUGCAGUUGGGGAGACAAGCCGUGAUUGCUGGGUGAUUCAUCUUGUACUGGCUAAAAUUGAUCCCGACUCUAGAAGGAAGUGGAUAGAGGACACCAACCGUUGCAGACUUGUUUAG